AUGAUUGCUAAUCUACAAGAAAGAGAAGCUGGUGUUGGGGCAGAUUCUGAAGAUGAGAUGUCUCUUGAUCAAAGCCAGCUUGAUCUUGAUCUGGACUGUAACGCAAGCCUUAGUGAGGUUCAAGGCGUUUUGCCAGGGGAUCUCCCUGAGACGGCCCAUAUUUUGGAAGGUGGGGGCACGAAAGUGCCGUCCGGAACAGAGACGUCGUCAGGUGCAAGUUCGUGAAUGUAACUAAUCCACUAAUUUUUAUGUUGUGCACAGUGUUAGUUGUUAUUACGUUCAGUAUAUGCAUCAUGGUAUGUAGUAUGAAAACAGUGUUAACAGUUAUUCCUUUCACAAUUUGGAUAUAGUGUGAAAAAUCAGAAUGCAAGAAAAAUCUUCUGUUUACUUGCCUCUCACGCUGACGUUCUUCGGGCUUCGUCACGCGUUCCUUGCAAAAGAACGUUCAUAGGGGAAGGAACGCCUCACGAAGCCCUAGGAACGUCUGCGUGGGAGACUCUCUGUUCACAAAAUUAUGAACAUACUGGCACGAUGCACGAAAGUGUGAAACAGAAAUGAAACACUAUAGCUGCUGUAUGUUGCAAUGGUCGUAGUCGGCUACUGUCCUGCGCAGCCUUUCUUUGUGUCAUCACACAACGGCAGGAGAGUUGCGUGACGACAAAAAUGACGACGACAUUACGUGACGAUACGGCUACAUAGGAGACUAAUAGUCUACAGGAUUUCUGACUUUUUGACAAACUAUUUUAGUCUACAACUGGGGAAAUAUUAAUUUAAUGUGUUAAUGCAUAAUAGGCUUUAUACUUGUUAGAACGUCUUGCUGUCACAAUUGUUUUGCGAGAUGCAUGUAUACAAAUCAUUUCAGUUAGUUGACCAAAAAAGGGCGUUCAUGUACAUUUUUGUUUGUAUAAGUUGUGUUGAUGAUAGUGUUUCAUUUACAGUACAGUGUAUAAAUUCCUGUUUGUCUGAUUGCAUUUUCAGUGUGUGUUGAUGAUGUUGCUGUACGGCUGAAGAAUAUGAGCGUGGAUUCUGGAUCCAUAAAUAUAGUAGACAGACAAAUCUCGGGGGCUGAAAGCUCUGAUUCGGACUUUGCUUCAGGGUCUUUCAAGCGCGAGGUUUAUGGCUGUGAAGAGGAUGAGAAUGCUGCAGGAGAGUGUAGUGGUGAAGGCAUGAAGAGAAAAGAAACAGAACAAAAUGAAGUAGUGACUAAUGAUGGUGUGCCUUUAGAGAAGUCUGAGCCUAAAUCUGUGGAUAAAGCGAGUGUAAAUUCUUAUGAUGAUUCUUUGUAUUUAAGUGAGCUUGAGGCCCCCGGCUCCACCAGACAACUUCACAAAAUCAAAAUGGAUGAUGCUGGUGAUACAUCUGUGGACAAAAUUGAUGUUGUUGUAAAAACACGUGAAGAUGUUGAGCAGCAUUGUGUUAAUUCCUUGGAAGAUUCUACAUGUAUAUCGCAAAGUGUACCAGAGGCCAGAGAUAAUUCUCUUGAACAACUUGAAAUUGCUGUGGAAGAGUUUACUAAUGCAGUAACUGUUCAGAAAAGCGAUGCAGUUGAUGAUUUUGACGGGAAACUUGGACCUUUUGCGGGCACAGAAAGCACUCAAGAGUUAACCGGCAGUGACAAUAAUGCAACUGAUGAUGACGUCAUUUCUCCUCAGAGUGGUCCUCGAGAUGUUACCGAGUCCACUGAAACUGAAGCUUUAGAGAAUGAGGAGUGGAUUUGA